GUCUCUUAAAGAAGAAAUCAUGGAAAAUGGGACUAUAAAUGUAAUGACAGCUGGCUUUUCAUUAGCUGGUUUUGAUUUGACCCCUGAAGGUGUAUAUCUGACUGUCGUCAUUGGAAUUAUUAUUUACUUAUUUUCUGUUUUCUGUAACCUGAGUCUUCUGGUUCUUAUUGCUACAGACAAGCACUUACAUGAGCCAAUGUACCUGUUUCUUUUCAACCUGUCAGUUAAUGACUUGAUAGGGAUCUCUGCUGUGAUUCCCAGAGCAAUUAUGGAUUUAGUGUCUAUAAGAAGGAAAAUUACUUUCCCUUUCUGUCUCAUUCAAGCCUUCUGUGUUCACAUGUAUGGUGGUGCGGCUCUUCUCAUAUUAGCAGUGAUGGCCUUCGAUAGGUACAUUGCAAUCUGUCACCCUUUGAGGUACCAUACAAUCAUAUCAGGUAACACUGUGACAAAACUAAUUGUGUUUGUUUGGGUCUUCGACUUUGUAUUGAUCAGCACCCUGUUUGCACUCCUUUUAAGAUUCCCUUUCUGUAGAACCGUUCUCUCAAAUUUUUACUGUGAGAAUUCCACUCUACUUCUAGCAACCUGUGCUGAAGAUACUAGUGUAAAUAAUAUCUAUGGGUUACUUAUUACAGGUUUUCUUCAUGCAAUAGGAAUAUUUUCUGUUGUUUUUACGUAUGGCAGAAUUCUCUCCACAUGCCUCAGAAGCAAGGAGUCUGAAUCAAAAACUAAAGCUCUUUACACAUGUGCAACACAUUUACUUGCUUUCCUUAUUUAUGAAUUUUCUAGCCUCAUUAUUAUUCUUGCUUAUCGAUUCCCUCAAACACCACUGAACCUGCGUAGAUUCAUGGGAAUGUCCUUUGUCAUAUUUCCUCCAGUUCUUAAUCCAGUUUCCACGGCACCUGAUUCGCUGGCCAAAGAUGAUUGA